AUGUACGGCUAUUAUAAUGGUGGAUAUAAUUUUGAUCUUUCAAACGAUAAUGCAACGAGGUAUGAUUCAAUGUUUGAAGAAGCUGCUACGAUUUAUGACGACUAUGAAUCACAGGCAUUGGAGAUUUACAGAAUCUACUGUAAGCAGUCAUGCACACAGGAAUUCGAAGAGUUACCUACUAAAUAUUGUGAGCUGUGUUACUGCGACGUUGCUUGUAAUUAUUAUGGGGACUGUUGCCCUGAUUAUCACUACAUCAACAAUUCAAAGAUUGUGGACCAUGUCUGUGAACCUACAUCCAUACCUGCUCAUGGCCUUUUCAGUAAAUACGUUACCGAAUGUCCCAAAGAUUUCAGAGAUGGAGAACCUUUACCAAAGUGUGUAGAAACAUCACCGGACAAUUGGAGAUCAAUGCAAGUUGUUUCAGAUCCGGACACCAACGUUACGUAUCGAAAUAAGUAUUGUGCCGAAUGCCAUGGCGUAGAUUCUCCAGCAUUGAAAUGGGAUAUUGGUAUAUAUUGUGAGAGGGAUCCCCCGAAACCACCUUUCAACAGAAAAGAAGACGUAUACUUGGCGGCAGUGAAAGAGCAAUCCUGUCAAAUAGAAUUCAUUCGACCAGAUUCCAUUCCCUUCCGUCCUUGCGGGAACACGGUCAGCUAUCCAAGGAUCUGUAACGCUACCGGUCUUUGGGGUGUAUAUGAUCCUUUGAUUGAGCGAGGUUGUUUGACUUUUCCGGAAAAUCAAGUUAGAUACCACACAAAUAUCUUCUGUUACAUGUGCAACACAUACUUGUCGUGGGAAGUUGUAAAAGCCGAGGCAGUUGGUCGUGAGCCAAAUGUUUUUCGAGUGACUCUAACAUCCCUGUUGGAACUAGGCGAAGAUGAUGAAGAUGAUAGUGAUGCUACUGAUGAUGACAUGUGCCAAGUCACUGACCCCUAUACAUGUGACUGUAGAAAUCCCUCAUGUUCUGAAGAAAAGGAAUACAAAGACGGGAAGUGCAAAUCGGUUUAUAAAGUCGCCAGAUCGCAUUUGUAUACUCUUAAUCUGUAUGGUCGACUGGUAUUCAACGAAAGCGACCUUCGUCCUGAUAUCGAGAGUGAUUUCCUGGGUAAAUUCAUGUAUCGUAUGGAAUCCUUCAAUGUAGUCAUAUAUCUUUGUACUUACAAGCCUACUUAUGUAUCCAGCUGCGGACAAAAUACUAGCAUGACGAUUUUAUUUACUUUUGUAUGUCGUCUUUAUUUUAGAGAACCACGUAAUACCGACGUAUUCGAACAAGAAAUGUUCUCACUGAUUGACAAUGACUUGAAUUUGACAAUGCAAUAUCAGUCUCUAAAGCUCGCUUUCGGGCCAGUUGAAAAUAACUUCUUUAGGAUGAAUAUUGACGACAAAAGUAGUUGCAAGGAUUAUCCAAUGUAUCUUCGACAAAUAACCACAUUGGAUUACUCUCAGGACGUGAACAUAGAGAGUUUCAGAAAUGUAGAAUUAACUAGGCUUUUAUCGUGUCCAAGAGUCCAUUUGUCUGUGGAUGAAACGAUCCUAUCGACUGACAACAAAACACUGACCAUUAAAGCAACCAACAAAACAAUCGCUACACCGGAUUUUUCCCAAGAUGGCGAGGGACGUUUUAUCGUCUGCUUGGAUGACUAUCUUGAUGCUGAAGUAGAAAAGUUAAACUGCGACUUCGAUCGCCUAACUGCCAAUACUACCAAAACGAGUCCAAAAAUAACCGCUUUGGGUAUCUUGUCUGGCAUCUGCACAUGUCUUUCUGUAUUGUUUCUGUUAAUAACGUUGGUGAUCUUCUGCUUGUUCAAAAGCAUGCGGACAUCCAUUGGUCUGGGAAUCAUGGCUCUUUGCCUUUCUCUGCUUGUGGCUCAAAUUCUUUUCGAGUUCGGUGCGGAACAAACGGAAAUUAAAUGGGUGUGUGAAAUGAUUGGAAUAGCAACGCAUUUUUCCUGGUUGACUUCCACCUUUUGGAUGAACGUCUGCACAGUUAGUCUCUUCUAUAAGCUGAACUUCCCGAUGGAGUCCAGACAUAUUUCCAAACGCAAAAUGAUGGCUUACUCAAUUCUGUACUGCUUUGGAUGCUCCGCCAUGAUUAUUGGGGCAUUGGCUCUUGGAUCCUGGUUGAACGAUGGGUCUCUUGGGUAUGGAGGAUCGUCUUGUUAUAUCUCAGGAUCAAAUGGACGUCGAUUAGGAUUUGCUUUACCAGUUGGUCUUCUGGUAUUGACCAACAUCAUCCUCUUUGCUUGGACCUUCAUUAAGCUGAAAAGGCAUCAGAAGAUUCAAUCCACACAGGAGAAUCAGAUCAGCAUGAUGGCCUGCCUGAAACUAUCUGUCAUUACAGGACUUACUUGGGUCUUCGCCUUUCUGUUUGAAGCAACGGGAUUCAUUGUAUUCGCUUAUCUGUUUACUCUAUUUGUCGGUGCACAAGGCUUUGUUAUCUUCUUGGCUUUUGUUUUCAAUAGACGAGUCUUGAAGUUGUUGAAGAUCAGAUAUGGAUUUGCUAUAAAGAAGAAUACACAAUCGCAACAAAGUAUUUCAAAAAACGACCCUGGGUUAGAGACGAAUUUAAGUGGAAUUAGCACAUCUGAAGAUUGGUGUAACAACACUGCCAAAAGCCUAGAAACUCAGAGGAAAGAACUUGUUGAUGGAGACGUUGAAGGUUUUUCUGAUGGUCAGAAGGCAGAUGUGGGAAAACUCUAA